AUGGACCUAGACGAGCUGAGUGUCUACGCCCGCGGCACCGACUACGACAUGGACUUUACCCUCCUUGUGCCUGCGCUCAAGCUGCACGACCGCAACCAGCCGGUCACUCUGGACAUGCGCCACUCAGCCCUGUGCCACUCGUGGCUGAGCCUGCGCCUCUUCGACGAGGGCACCAUCAACAAGUGGAAGGACUGCUGCACCAUGGUAGACCACAUCAACGGCGCCACCAACUACUUCUUCUCACCCACGCUGGUGGCUGACUGGUUCUACGAGUCCAUCAGCGUGGUCCUGGUGGAGAUCCAGAAGAAGCCCCAGCGCGGCAUGCCCCGCGUGGAGAAGGUGGAGCGGAAUGGCACCAUCAUCUCCGUCAUCCUGGGCGUGGGCAGCAGCCGCAUGCUCUAUGACAUCGUGCCUGUGGUCUCCUUCAAGGGAUGGCCGGCGGUGGCCCAGAGCUGGCUGAUGGAGAACCACUUCUGGGACGGCAAGAUCACAGAGGAGGAGGUGAUCAGCGGCUUCUACCUGGUGCCUGCCUGCUCCCACAAGGGCCGCAAGGAGAAUGAGUGGCGCCUGUCGUUCGCCCGCAGCGAAGUGCAGCUCAAGAAGUGCAUCUCGGCCAGCCUGAUGCAGGCCUACCAGGCGUGCAAGGCCAUCAUUAUCAAGCUGCUGUCAAGGCCCAAGGCCAUCAGCCCCUACCACCUGCGCAGCAUGAUGCUGUGGGCCUGCGAUCGGCUCCCCGCCACCUACCUGUCCCAGGAAGACUUCUCAGCCCACUUCCUGCUAGGCCUCAUCGACGACUUGCAGAACUGCCUGGUCAACAAGAUGUGCCCCAACUACUUCAUCCCGCAGUGCAACAUGCUGGAGCACCUGUCGGACGAGACGGCCAUGCUCCAUGCCCGCAAGCUCAGCUCGGUGCGCUCCGACCCGUCCGAGCACCUGCGCACCACCAUUGAGCAUGCCAAGGCGGCCAACCGGCUGACCCUGGACCUGCAUUGGCGCGGCAGUUCCUCAAACCUGCCGUCGCCACAGUCGGACGCGGGCGGCGAGCACCAGCCGGAUGACCGAUUGGCUAAGAAGCUGCAGCAGCUGGUGACGGAGAACCCCGGCAAGUCCAUCUCGGUGUUCAUCAACCCCGACGAUGUGACCCGGCCGCACUUCCGCAUCGACGACAAGUUCUUCUGA